CGCUAUGCGGCCUCUGUAAGAAUAAUAGUGUUGUCAAUUAAUGUUAUACCUUGUCAUCAAGCAUAAGGACCAUACCGUUCAAAUUGUGGAAAUACUGCCGUCUCAAAAAUGUCGGAAUACAGAAAUCAGCAAAAUUAUUGGGCGCAAGCACCGCCUGCACCCAACUACAAUUUUGAUACCUCCGGUUUUGGGCAACCUAACCAACAAUUUGAAUUUCAAACCUAUAGUGACCAACAAUCUGUAAAUUAUUCUUAUAAUCAAAAGAGCUUUCUCAAUCCAAAUGAAAGUGUGUAUGCAGGUGAUAUGUUCAGUCAGGAUAAUUUUCCAAAAGGCCCAGUUGGAUUUGAUACGGAAGAGGAACCACCACUGCUAGAAGAAUUAGGCAUAAAUCCUGAUAGGAUAUUGCGCAAAACGUUAGCUGUAUUAAAUCCGUUUCAUAGUGGUGGACAGAUCGACGAUGCAAGUUAUUUACUUCAAGAUUCUGAUUUAGCAGGACCAGUGGCAAAUUGUUUACUUCUUGCUGCGUGUCUUUUGUUAGCGGGUUCAAAAGCACAUUUCGGUUAUGUUUAUGGUUUAGCUAUGACAUCGUGUAUGUUAAUGUAUAUUCUUCUUUCACUGAUGACCAGUACCAGUAAUAUCACUCUGUCUUCUGUAGCAUCUGUAUUAGGUUAUUGUUUAUUACCUGUAGUAGCACUUGCAGGAUUUAAUGUCUUUUCGUCUUUGCAAGGAGUAGGCGGUCUAGUUCUGGCUGUUCUUGCAGUUACGUGGGCAACACUUUCUGCAUCUAGAUUGUUUUGUACUAUGUCUGGAGAAAAGAAUCAACGUCUUCUUAUUGCAUAUCCUUGUAUUCUUCUUUAUGGUGUUUUCACUUUAUUAGUAAUAUUCUAAAAAGGUUAGUUUCAUUGAAGUACUGUUCAUACAAAAACUUAAAUUUUAUAUCCAUUUCAAAACAGUUUGUGUUUUAAACAUU